GCGGGGCGAUCUCCCCAGCCAAGCCGCUCCUUUUCGGAGGGGCGGGGUGAAGGCGGCUCCGGCUGCCGGUGUUUAAGGAAGGGGCGGAAGGAGCAGCGCGUCCGUCUGUCCCAGCCCGGGCAGCCCAGCCCCAGCAGUGCGGCUGCGGGACAGCGCGGCGCGGGCGGUGUCCCGGCGGCGCCUCCCGCCGUGGCUGGGCCGGGAUGCGGGACUCGCCCUGGGGUGUCGCAGAGGAAGGCGCUGGUGCGGAGCCUCUUCCCCCUCUCUGGGCCGGCAGCCGGAAUGGGAACGCGGGGGCGACGCCUCGGCAAAGAAACACCAGUACAGAAUUCCCACCUGAGCAUCUGAGAGAGUUGUGUUCUUCUCUCCCGUUUUCCCUCUCGCACAGCUGUAACAGCGGCGCGCCUGCCUGCUUGUUGCUCGUUCAGCAGUGUUCCUGCAGCUGCAGCCUGGUUUCAGUCCCGACACUUUGAGGAGGAUGGAAAGCCCGUGCUGCCGGUGGGUGGAUCUGUUCACCGGUGUAUGCCAGAGCAGGGGUCAGAGGAAUUCUGCCAGCUUCUUGUGGAGAACCAGUUGCAUCCAGUAAUGCAUAUGAUGUGCCUUCUGGGAUAUUGAGGUGAUCACGAAAGAAACAACCAAAAAAUAAUGGAGAAAUUACCCAGACUUUCAGGGGGGUCCUUUCAAGGAAUCCAACACUCCUCUACUCCUCCUGACAAGGUAUGAUGCCAAUGUAAGAUUAAUCCACACUUGUAGUUCCUCCUGAAUCUUUAUUGGAUAACACUCGACAAAGAGCUGGAGCAGAGUUUCUGCAACCCUCCUGAAGGUAUUUUAAAUAAGUAACAAUAUCUUCUCCAUUUGUUAACACCCCAAACACCUGACGUUCUUAGGUGAAGCAGCAGUGGAUAUCCUCAUAAUUAAGGAACUUUAAUAUCCCUGCUCAUCUGAGCCAUUUUCAGCAGCUUCCAGGGAAUAACAGCAAACUUUUCUACCAGUUUUUAUUUACUGUGUGCAAUGUGUUGCAACCUCCAUACUGAAUUUAUGUUUUUCCAUAAAAGCUGAAUGCUUUAAUAAAAAGUUCAUAGUUUUGUUGUGAGUUCUGCCUUCCAACUGCCUUGUAUUUUGUCUUUCUGCCUUCUUGUAGUGCCUGACAUUCUAUUCCCUGUGUCCUUGCUCUCAAGCACCCCACGUUUCCCAUCUUGCUCAGGCUGGAUGUCUCCACUGCUGGCUUUGACCUGCAGAGGCAACUUUGUCUCCCUAGAUUGAACCCCCACUUUUUUCGCUCUUCCUUGACUUCAGGUCCUUUCAUUGACCUUUCAGAUUUGCUUGCCAGGGGAGCUUGGAAGCUGUGUAAGCUGCAGCAGCACACACACAGCCACUGGCUGCCCACCCCUGCUACUCACCUAGCAGCUGAAUAGAAACCAGGUGCAAAUGGGAGUUUAUUACAUAGUUCUUAGGCUUUUUUUUUUUUUUUAAUAUUCCUUCCUUCCAAACUUUUAUUUCUCAAAAUCAAAACCAUUUGUGAUGAAUUUACAGAUAAGCAGCAUAGUACCACAAGAUACAGUGGAAGAAUUAUGAAGAGAAGUAAUAAACUGAAAGUAAAUUUCAACUUUGUAGAAAAUAUUCCUGUUUAAGGAUUUAAGUGUUCAAAAAUCAUGCUCAUUUUCUGCUCCAUCUCCUCCUUCCCCCUUCCAGGUAAGCUCCACGUCCAUCUCACGUGUCCAGUGCUGCCACACAGCUAAUAAAGAUUCCUGUAGCUCUCUGCUGCCAAGAUGUCCAAUAACACAGUAAGUUCAUAAUCUGUAGGUGGGUCACUGGAAAAGCAGAGAAGAAAAAGCUGGGAAACAAAGUUAUUGCAGACUGUCGUGUUUGUGCCUGGAACCCAGGUCCCUUUUGCAUGCCCCUGAUACCCUCAAGCAAAAGGAAUUUCAUUGGUUCAUCCCUGGAGGCUUCCCGUGUCCUGAGGGGAGCUCGUGUGUUGGCAAGGAGAGAAACUGAUGGUUAUUACUACCUGGGCCACAUUGUCCAGGAGGUGAAGGGCUCCAGGGAAGGCUUUUUAGUUGAGUUUGACCAAAGUUGUGUUCCGAAGGGCAAGGUCCAGCGUGGCUGGCAGGAAACGCCUCUCUAUGACAUUCUGCACUAUGAAGACGCCCGGCGACAGCCUCUUGCUCCAGGGGACAGAGUCUUGGCACCAUGGGAGGCUCCAGCCAAACGUUUUGGCCCUGGCACUGUGCUAAGGAUUGUGGAGAACACAGAAGCACCUUUAGCACACAGUCAAAGGGGAAUGCUUGUGAAUUUCUGGAAUGGGCAGACUAAGGAGGUGUCUUCUGCCCAAGCUCUGCGGAUUCCCCUGCCCCUAAGUGAUCGCAUCAUCCUGGAGCUGCAGAUGCCUUUAGCAGCCAGGCAGAUGGUGGUAGAAUCAAGCUUGGAUUACCCAUACCUUGUGGCACCAGGUUAUAGAGCCUCAGGGCACUACAGACAGGGUCACCUGGGCCUGGAUUUCUUCCCAGAGGCUCUGUAUCCCACUCAUCCCUGUGCAAAGUGCAGCUGGGGGUGUACCUCACUUCCCCAGUGCUGCCUUGGAGCUUGGGAAUCCACACGGUCUUCAGAGUGCCAAGUGCAGCAGGAAAACACCUUCAUCCCAGGAGCAAGCCUGACUGAAGGAAAGCUCAACAAGAAAAUAGAACAGCAACUGUCUGAAUUGAGGAUUGCAUCUUCAGAAAGCGUUCCCAGAGAGGAAGAGAAAAAGGAAGAGAAGCGAUUGGAGACAGAGAACGUUCCAGAAGAUGUUAGGUCUUGUUUGGAAGAGGACUGCAAGGUUAUAGAAACUGAGAAGGGCCCUCAGAGGGAGAUGGUUCAUGCUGUGGUUGAUGCUGCUGUCAACACAGACAGCUGGUUAAUGGAGACAGAUCACAAGGAAGAAGCAGAGAGCAGACAGCAGGAUGCUGAAACUGAAGCUAAUUUUGAACAUGAGCAUGGCCUUUUUGAGUCCAGAGUGGCAGAAGCUCCAGUCCAGCAUUCCCAGAGGAGCCCUUCCCUGGGAAGCGGUGCUUUGGUUCCUUUCCAGUGCCAGAGCUUCUUUGCCCAAGUGAAUCAAUCACUGGAGAAAGACAGCCUGACCAUCAGAUCAGCCUUUCGUGUGCAGAGACCACACAGUUCACGCCUGCUGGCUGGGAGAGCCACACAUCUCCCAAACCUUCUAAAAGACAAAAGCAUCACAAAAUUAAUGCUUAGUGGUGCAUCUCAGAAAAAGUGGAAAGAGCUGAACUUCAGCAGAGCCAAGGUUGAGCACAAAAGGUGGCAAGAGGAACAGAGGCUGAAGAGGGAGCAGCAGCAAGAUGCAGAUGGCACCUGGCGCCAGCUACACAGGGACAGCCAGAGGCAGCGAUUGCAUCAGAGAACAUUGCAAGGGCUGGAGAAACAGCUGGAGCGCAAAGAGAGAGCUUUGCAGCACAUGGCACUGCUCCAGGCUGCUGGGGCUGAGAGGAGCAGGAAGGAACACUCCUUUCGAGAGGAGGAGGAGAGGAAGGCAAGGCAGAGGCUUCAUUUCUUACAGACGGAGUUUGCAGAGAGAGGAGUUGCAGGCAGAAAGCAACAAAAGGAGCUGUGAACAAGAGAAAGAAAGGCUGGAGUUGCUGAGGAGCAGAAUGCAGUCACGGCAGGAAGUGCUGGAACAAGAAUCCCAGGAGCAGGACAAACAGUAAAUCCAGCACCAGGCUGCCAAAGUGAGAGUGUUCCAGAGGGGAGAGAGUUCUCAUCUGAAGAUGGACAAAGAAGGCCAGAAACUCUGUGCCCUCCAGCAGUACCUCAGGGAACAGAACCUCCUGCUGCUCCAGGCAUCCCUGCUCACAUAAGGAAGCUGCAGGCUGGGUGAGCAGGGCCUGGAGCAGUUCACAGACCUGCUCUGUCUGGUCAGCUGUGCAGAGCAGAGUGGUGACAGGUUUCCUGGAGAGGUGGCAUCAGGAUUCCUGGAGAGGUCUCUAAUCUCCUUUAACUGCAGCCAGAGUGCACUUCCACGGCUCUGUCCUUCACCUGCCUCUCUUCCUGGGCUCAUGGCUUCCCCUUCCCCUGAGAGGGAGCAGCAGGGCAAUCUAGAGGCACUUUUCUGCAUCAGAAAGGAGGGGUUUUCUAGUGCAUUGCUCUAUGGUGAGUGGAGGUGCCAAAGGAGGAGGUUAAGCUUGUCACAUCCUGAAGUGCUCCCUCUUCCUCACAUCAUCUGAGGUACAAAAUGCACUGAUCAGCUCUGGGUCACCAGAAAUUUCACACGGGUAUUUAGGAAAGGAGAAUGGACAUGGCACAAUUUAUUUGCUGAAAUAGCCAGAGCUUUAUGGAAGUAUCUUUAUUUUAUACAGAAUUGUGCUAAAAUGAAUACAAUAUAUGUGAUACUUUGUUUCAAGUAAUGCCUGGAACCAAACUAGAUACAAAAUUUAAAUUCAGCCUGACAUUCUGUGUGCCCUUAGAAACAUGAUACACAUUUUCUGGCACAUUAUAAAAAUGUAUGCAUCUUACUAGAAUACAGCACCAGCAAUGAUGGCAGUUUCUUAAAAAAAAAAAAAAAAAAAAAAAAAAAAGAAGAAAGUAAAAUAAAGAAAACUUGUAAAAGUGAGCUCCUUUGAAAUCCUGCCAAAUCUGAACGGCCAGAUUUCCUAGCAGUAAGUGUCAGACUGCAUUCCUCCAGGGAUAAUGGAGAGGCUAUGCCUUCAGGUUUUCCCUAAAAAGACAAAGUUAAGACUCUCAUCCAGAUGUUUACAAACUACUCUGAGACCUUCAUACCUAAAUUGGGUAUUUUUAAACUUUAAGAUCCGUAAUAUAUGUGCAUGAGCCAUCCUGAGAUUUUUACUUAAAGAAAAAAAAAAAGGGAAAAGGAAAGAUGAACUUAAAUAGAAGGUGAAAGCUUUAACAAACAAAAUGUUAGACUUAAGGUCUGAAAAAAUGUAACUUGCUUCAGAUUAUGGAAGCUACAUGUGAGGCACAGUUUAGCAUUUUAGACACAAAAUCCCAUCAUUUGGAACAGUUUCCACUCUGCUGAGUGUCUGGAAAAGUUGUCUGGAAUUUGCUCAGCAAGAACAUGGAUGGUUGUGCCCCAGACCUGGCACACACCUGCUGAGGGAACGUGGGUGCUGGUGGCACAUGGAGAUUUUCUUUAGGGUAAUGUUUGGAGGGGUUGCUUGCUCCUCUUCUUGUUUGAAUUCUCUUUUACAUAAAAUCUUGUGCUGGUUAGGACGAUGCUCUGCCUGCUUAUAACUCUAACUAGACUUAAAGAAACAAGCCUAAAACUUACAAGGUGUUAAACUCUAAUCCUGCUUUUAUCCUUAUGCACUUGGAAAUGGAAUAUGCAGUGAUUAAAGGAAAGUACUUUAAUUGAAAUAUACUGAGCUGAAUUGAAACUUAUUUUUCAGACUUCGUUUAUAUGCUAUUAAUCAUUACUUUAUAAUCACCAUAAAACAGCAGAUUGUCUGCUUAUGCACUUUCUCUUCAUUGCUUAACCACCUGAGAACAGACCACUGCAGAGACCCUGCUCUACUGCUGUUUCACACAGGGUAGGUCUGGGAAUAUACUCAGUACCACACUAUUUCCAAUCAUUCAUGGACUGUAUUUCUCACUAUUAAAAUGAAGCCAUAAAAUCAUUUUAAUACUGCUAUUAAAGUAAUUGACUGUAAAUGCUA